AUGCUAACUUUCGGCAAACAAGCUCCUAUUGGUCCACGGGGCAUCCACGAAACAAAACCCUGACCAGCCUCCUAAUCUUAAUACAAUAGUUGUUUGGUCUAUAUUUAGAAUUUUGAAAUGAAAACACCAUAUAUUUCACUCAAAUCUGUCCCACAACUCUACAAGUAAAGAUGAUGGAGCUUCCACCAUUGGAACGCAACCAGAACCAUUUUUUAUUCUCACUCCGAGAGCUUGUCCAUGCCUGUUAGCAUUAAAGACAGUUGUUUCUCUGUAUGUUGCCACAUAGACUACCAGUUCAUCUUACUUUGUUCAGUCUAGACUUUGUUUAGUCCAUUUCUACCUUACAAACAAAGCCCUUUUCAUAAAUUUUCAAUCUCUUUUCUAACCUUAAUGAUGGACUAUUGGCAUAAACUUUCCAUAUAUGUCCAAAGCAUAUUUUAUCGAUAAAAUCAUAUAUAAGGAAAAGUACAGGAAUGAGCCAUCUAUACUUGUGACAUCCUCUGGUUUUCUUCUAUUUAAAUAAAGUUCUGUGAGAGACUUGCCUUACCACCCAUAGAAUAGUAACAAACUAGUUCAGCACAAAAUGUCAUUCUCCAGAACUAAAAACUUUUUACAUCAGUUCUGUCUUGACGAGUUCCAAAUGGAUGUAGGCUCCCAGAGAGGCUUCUUCUCAAAGGAUCUUCUCCCAUCUCUUGGAUCCAAUAUUAAUCAAGCAACCAGACUCCCAAAGUACAUAAUUUCCCCAUUUAGUCCCUGUUACAGGGCUUGGGAGAUGUUUUUAGUUAUCUUAGUCAUUUACUCAGCUUGGAUAUGCCCAUUUGAGUUUGCAUUUCUAACUUACAAGCAGAACCCACUUUUCAUUUUGGACAACAUUGUCAAUGCUUUCUUUGCUAUUGAUAUCAUCCUCACCUUCUUUGUGGCAUAUGUUGAUAGCCAGUCUUAUCUUCUUGUGUAUGAACCAAAGAGGAUAUCAUUCAGGUACUUAUCGACAUGGUUUAUCUUUGACGUCUGCUCAACUGCACCAUUACAGCCUCUAAGUCUCCUUCUUACGGAUCGUAGCGGUGGACUAACUUUUAAAGUCCUCAACAUGCUUAGACUAUGGCGUCUGAGGCGAGUUAGUUGCCUGUUUGCAAGACUUGAAAAGGACAUAAGAUUCAACUACUUUUGGAUUCGAUGCACCAAGCUAAUCUCGGUGACUCUUUUCGCAGUACACUGUGCUGGAUGCUUUAACUACUUGAUUGCAGAUAGAUAUCCUAAUCCAGAAAGAACCUGGAUUGGUUCGGUCUACCAAAAAUUUAAGGAAGAAAGCCUAUGGGAAAGAUAUGUUAUUUCCAUAUACUGGUCGAUAGUAACACUAACUACGACAGGAUAUGGCGACUUGCAUGCUGAGAACACAAGAGAGAUGCUGUUUGAUAUCUUCUACAUGCUAUUUAAUCUGGGAUUGACAUCAUACCUCAUUGGGAACAUGACAAAUCUCGUUGUUCACUGGACCAGCUGCACUAGAGAUUUUAGGGAUACCAUCAGAGCAGCAUCAGAAUUUGCAAAACACAACCAAUUACCCUCUGCUAUUAAGGAUCAACUCUUGUCACACAUAUGCCUCAAGUUCAGAACAGAAGGAUUAAAACAGCAAGAGACCUUAAAUAGUCUGCCAAAAGCAAUACGCUUGAGCAUCGCACAUCAUCUCUAUUUUCCAGUUAUUCAGAAUGCCAAACUUUUUCAAGGAGUUUCUGUUGACUACCUGUUCCAACUGGUCACUGAAAUAGAAGCUGAUUAUUAUUCACCAAAGGAAGACGUGAUUCUACAAAAUGAGGCUCCAACAGACUUGUACAUACUAGUCUCAGGAGCAGUGGAUUUGAUAAAAAAUAUUAACGGCCAUGAUCAAGUCCUCUGCAAGGCAACUCCAGGGGAUGUGUUUGGAGAACUAGGGGUUUUGUGCCACAGGCCACAGCCAUUUACUGCUCGAACCACUAAAAUUUCUCAAAUACUAAGACUGAGUGGACCUGCUCUUAUGGGCAUUAUUCAGGCAAAUGCUGAAGAAGGACAAAUUAUCAUGAACAACUUUUACCAGCAGAAUUGUCAGAAAUCAGACUCCAGUCAGGUGCUAGACGGUGAAUCCGAAAAAACCCAAUCUUAUGACACAAAAGAUGUUUCUAAUGAAGACCUAAUGCCUCAAGAAUCAAAGAAAUUAGAAGUUGAAGAGAAGGUACAAUCAGGGCGUUCGAGGGCUCUUCAUACAUAUAGGAUGGAUUUAAACUCAACAAUGUAUGACCAGACUGCUCUUCAUAAUUUUUGCAAGGGGCAGCUUAAUACUCCAAGGAUGUUGUUCGAAAGAAAUAUAAGUAAGAACAAGCCAGAUGCCAGAGGGUGGACACCAAAAGCUCUAUCAGAACAGCUAGGAAGCAAAUCUAUUGACAACCUUGCACAAGAUUAUGAAAUUAAAAGUGUAACAGAUGAACACAGGGUAGAUGUUCUUUCAGACACAUCAGAAACCACCAGGAGUGACCAAUUUAAACCACCAUCAAAUGGUCCAAUCACUUAUUUCACUCCAUUUGUUAAAAAUUCUACAUCAUUUGGCUCAAAUAGUUCGACCCAUCCUACUGAUGCUGAUGUUGUUAAAUUCAGUAGAAGGAGAGUCACAGUUCACUUGAAGUUUAUAAAGGACAAUACACUACCAAAGCAUCCUGGGAAGUUAAUGAUCCUACCUGAUUCCAUGGAAGAGCUAUUUCAUACUGCAGGUCAAAAGUUUGGAGGCUAUAAUAUUACAAAAGUUGUAAAUUCAGAGAAUGCAGAGAUAGAUGACUUAAAUCUCAUCCGAGAUGAAGACCAUUUAUUUCUCAUACCAGAAACAUAUGAAAGCGUAUGAUACAUACAAUGAUAAUUAAAGCCUA